AUGCAUGACUUUACGCGCCAACAGGAUGUAAAGGAUCGCGCUGUGCCGUCGUCUUUGUGGCAGGCAAAUGGAGACAUCAGGGAUUUGAGCGUUAACACUUCUGUAAUUAAUCAGUUAAGCAAUGGGAUGGCUGGCUUUUAAAAUUAUGGAGGAAAAAAAACUGAUAAAACUAAACAGAUGAUGAAGAUUAAACGAAAGACAGUUUGUCCACUGUAUGUCCAACAUUUUGCAGUAAUCUGUAUUUCUUAUUAACAACAAUAAGCAUUAUUAUCCUAAUAACUACAAAGACUAGAUGUUCUGUUUUCAAUAUUCAAUGAACUGAGCUUGGAGUAGUAUUCGCUUGAGUUUAUUCCGGCAUGUCAGAAAACGUCCCUCUCCUCGGGACCCUUCGGGAAGUGGGACACGUCGGGCGCGUGUCGGACUCCGGCGCGCGCCCCGCCUGGGCCAUAGCGCUGCUGGCCAGCGUGCUCAUCUUCACCACUGUAGUCGAUGUGCUGGGGAAUUUGUUGGUCAUCAUUUCUGUGUUCCGGAAUCGUAAACUGAGAAACGUGGGUAACAUGUUUGUGGUUAGCCUGGCCUUUGCUGACUUGGUGGUGGCUUUUUACCCAUACCCACUGGUCCUGUAUGCACUGUUCCAUGAUGGAUGGUCGCUGGGGGACACACAAUGCCAAGUGAGUGGCUUCCUAAUGGGCCUGAGUGUAAUCGGUUCAGUGUUCAACAUCACAGGCAUUGCUAUCAACCGCUACUGCUACAUUUGCCACAGCUUUGCCUAUGGGCGCCUCUAUAGCUUCCGCAACACAUUGAUACUGGUGGCACUCAUCUGGAUGCUAACUGUGCUGGCCAUCCUCCCCAACUUCUUUGUAGGCUCACUGAGCUAUGACCCCAGGGUCUACUCAUGCACAUUCACACAGACAACCAGCAGCUCAUACACAGUGGCAGUGGUGGUGGUGCACUUCCUGGUACCCAUUGCAGUGGUGACCUUCUGCUACCUCCGUAUCUGGGUGCUGGUCAUCCAGGUCCAGCGCAAAGUGAAGAUGAAGGAGCAUGGCAGGGUGCGACCCAGCGACCUGCGAAACUUUGUCACCAUGUUUGUGGUGUUCGUGCUGUUUGCCAUCUGCUGGGCUCCACUGAACCUUAUUGGCCUGGUGGUGGCUAUGGACCCAGAAGUAAUGGCCCCUCGUAUCCCUGACUGGCUAUUUGUGGUCAGCUAUUUUAUGGCCUACUUCAACAGCUGCCUCAAUGCCAUCAUCUAUGGGCUGCUCAACUGAAAUUUUCGUAAGGAGUACAAGCGUAUUGUAACAUCGGUGUGGAUACCACAGUGGUUUGUAUCAGAAACAUCUAGAGUUGCCACAGAUGGCAUG